CGGUUCGUCGAGGGACAAUAUCAAUAUGGGAGGUUUCACGAUGAUGUGAAUUGUGAAAUUACUUUACUGUACUUCACUGCGGGGAGAGGGUCGGGAAACCCCAACUUUUUACUUGCCCUACGUACAUUUCAUAGGUAGUAGUACUUCGGUGGGGAGCGUACGAGAAAUCUGGACUGGAGGCGUCCUAGAAAAUAAAGAAACAAGCAUGGAUAGAGAUGGAGAUGGAGAUAGACUGGGGGAAGGGAUGAGAUGAGAUCCAGUCAAACUAUUAUUAUUCCUCCUUUUAUGGGGCCAACAACCAAACCCUAAUUUUGAGCAAGCACCCAAACCAACAAACGCUUUCAUCUCUCUCCCCCCAACCCAACAACACCAGACCAACGCCGUCCAACAGCUUCCUUUGGCACUGUACGUAUCUGCUACACUAACAACUACUACUAUAUUACUACUUCUUCUUCUAGAUCUGGUUUUUGAGUGAGUACUGUACUGACGACCAUAUUGGUUUAAUACGCUGGCUGUAUCUAUCUAUCUAUUUAUCUAGUGGUAGUAGAUUAGCACAAGCACAAUAAUCACCUCCAAUUCACCGUCAUCCAUCGUCUGUCGAGGUUUCUUUCUUUUGGAAAGAGAGAGAGAGAGUCCAGUCCAGUAGUAGUCGGCUAUGGAGGGUAAUUCCGGCGGCGGCGGCGGAGGGAAUGACGUGGAGUUGCUGUGUAAGACAUUACAAGUGGAGCACAAGCUGUUCUACUUCGAUCUCAAGGAGAAUCCCAGGGGAAGGUACCUCAAAAUCUCAGAGAAGACGUCCGCUACUAGGUCAACCAUCAUAGUCCCUUCCAACGGUAUCUCCUGGUUCUUGGAUCUUUUCAAUUACUACCUCAAUUCCCAUGAUCAACAACAGGACGACGUCGACGACGACCUCUUUAGCAAGGAACUCCAACUCGACACCAAGGUGUUUUACUUUGACGUUGGUGAAAACAGAAGGGGUCGAUUCCUUAAGAUAUCUGAAGCUUCUGUUAGCAGAAACCGCAGCACUAUUAUUGUUCCGGCAGGAAGUGCCCGGGAUGAAGGCUGGGCAGCAUUUAGGAACAUUUUGGCAGAGAUAAAUGAAGCAUCAAGGCUUUUUAUACUGCCCAAUCAGCAAAAUUCUGAUUCCUCAGAGCGUCUUGUUGGACUAUCAGAUGAUGUGGGGGCUGGCUUCAUAUCAGGGCACAGUUCCCAACCUGCCACUGCUUCUGACUUGAAUGUGGAGAGGUCAGUUGAUGUGGUUCCGCCGGAUGAAAUUGGCAACUUGGCCGUCUCGAAGGUGAUUAGGGUUGACCAAAAGAGAUUCUUCUUUGAUCUUGGGAGCAACAACAGGGGCCAUUUCUUGAGGAUUUCUGAGGUGGCUGGUUCUGAUCGCUCAUCCAUCAUUCUCCCGCUUUCAGGGCUGAAGCAGUUUCAUGAAAUGGUGGGUCACUUUGUGGAGGUCACUAAGGAUCGAAUUGAAGGACUGACUGGUGCAAAUGUAAGAACAGUGGACCCUCCUCAGAGAUGAGAUGACUGCUAAUGGCUUGUGCAUUUUGGCGAGAUAAGUUGCAUACAAUCAAGUGUUUCCAAUUCACAUAUACCCCUAGUUGAAGGAGGGGUCUGCUGUUUGAUCUCUGUGUUUGUCCUUUUCUCCUCUUUUAGUUUUUUUCUCCACACAUUUCAGUUUGAUUAAGGAGAAUACAAUAAGGGAGUUACAUUUCAUGCUUGGUUUCGAACAGGGAAUAAUGGAGAAAUAGUUUUGCCAAGCUGUAAUUGUCAGUACGCUAGGGUGGCAUCUUUCUCUGCUGUGGGAAAAUAAACUGUGAAUGCAGGUUGUGAAGCUUUUUUAAGUUUGUAAUCGUGGUAACUUGCCUAGUAGAUUGUGGAAGUUUAGGGCUGAGUCCCUUCCUUUGUUC